UAAAGUGCAUGUAUGAUGUGCAAACACAGAGAGCAGCAGCAAUACUGUAUAAAGCAACAGUAAACAAUAAAAAAAUUCAAUGUUACAUUAUUGCACAAUAGAAUAGUUCAUUAUAUAUUCACAAGCCUGUCAUUAAUUGGCUGCAUUAUAAAAAAAAAGCUGUGUGAGACCAUAUACGGAAAGUGGUAGACGGGACAUCCUGUCGGAGCAGAGACCCGCGGAAGAGGAAUCCUUUUUUUUUCUCUUUUCUUUUGUCUCCGGAGACGGGAGUGGGAGGACCCGGCGAGGAACCGCUUUUACGCGGCGCUCCAACUUUGUUUUUGGGAAGACUCUCACUUCUCGUCGGACCUCCACGAAAUGUUGCUGUCGGAGUCCGAGGAUGAAUCGGAGGAGCUGCACUCGGAUUCGGACUCCGGGAGCAGCACCUGCAGUCCGGAGGAGGAGGAGGAGGAGGAGGAGGACAUUCCGCGCGGUUUGGCCCGUGGACCAGACCGGGAAGACUUAACUGAUGAGGACAGUUCAGGCGACGAAUGGGAUAAUACGCCCACAAAGAGAAGAGCUCCCAGAAAGCGUUGCGUCGCCGCUUCUGCUUCCCCAGUGUCGUCGUCCCUGAAACCCCCAUCCAAGAAUUGUCAACAGCGUCCCCACAGAAAGAGGAUCCACAAUGCAUCUACACCCAAAAAGGGCGACUCCUCCUCCCCCCGUACUGGCAGAGCAUCCUCCACUCCACGCAGGAAAAAUGGAAGUGUAAAGAGACGAGCGGAGAGCCGGCUUGUGGCAGAGGAAGAGGACGAAGCGGUCGAUGGAGAACGGUGGCGUAACAUUGACGAGGACGACGUCGAGCCUCCUCAACCACGGUUCAGACCGGAGAGGGACGUGGGGCCGCAGCUGAACCGCACUGCGAAUUACACACCACUCGAACUAUUCCAGCUGUUCUUCUCUACGACAGUAAUCGAUACUUUAGUAAGAAACACCAAUGCCUACGGGAAGGAAAAAUAUCAAAGCCAGAGGGAAAGCUGGGUCCAUGUCACAGCAGCAGACAUGUACUCCUUCAUCUGCCUUGUCCUCUACAUGGGUAUUGUCCCGCUGAAAACUCUGAAAGAGUUCUGGAGAGGAUCGAAGCUGUUCAGCCUGCCGUUCCCUGCCUCCGUCAUGCCCUGUAGACGCUUCCUGGCCAUUUCCCGCAGCCUUCACAUGAACGAUCCUGCGGUCGAAGCAGCAAAUGACCAAAAGAAAGGGACAUGCGGGUAUGACAGACUUUGCAAAAUAAAGCCACUCUAUCAUCAGAUUGUGGAGGCCUGCUACACUUUCUUUCAUCCCCGCCAGCAUAUCUCCAUAGAUGAACGCAUGGUGGCGAGUAAAGCGAGGAUCGGGCUCAAACAGUACAUCAAAAACAAGCCUACUAAAUGGGGCUUUAAGCUUUUUGUUUUAGCAGACUCAAUAUGUGGCUACACCCUGAACUUUUUUGUGUAUGGGGGAAGAGAGGGCAAACCCACGGGGAAGGGGCUGAGCUAUGACGCUGUCAUGAGACUGUUGAACAUCCCUUUCCUGGGCAAAGGAUACAAGCUCUAUGUGGACAACUUUUACACAAGUCCCACCCUUUUCCUUGACCUCCUUAAGAGAAAAAUCUGGGCAUGUGGCACUAUUCGUUCCAAUGUCGCCGGUUAUCCCAAAACGAAAAGGAACGACAUGGCCAAGAAAACAACAAGGGGAACUAUCCGGUGGAUCAGAAAGGGGAAGCUGUUGUUUGUCAAGUGGUUGGACACCCGCGAGGUGACGAUGUGCUCCAGUAUACACAAAGUAUACAGCGAUGACAUGGCAAAGCGCAAGGUGAAAAACGCAGAUGGACAGUGGACAGUGAAGCAGGUGCCUAUUCCAGGCUGCAUCAAAGAUUACAACCGGCACAUGGGCGGUGUUGACUUGUCGGACGCACUUAUCGGCUACUACAACGUCCUCCAUAAAACCCAGAAAUGGUACAAAACUCUGUUUUAUCAUUUUGUGGACAUAGCCACCGUGAAUGCUUUCAUCCUCCACAAAGAAAUGUGCAAACUACAGAACAGGCCCGAAGUCACGCAGAAAAAGUUCAGGGAACAACUGAUCCUGUCCCUGGCUGAGAUCGGGUCCACGCCGCGCCGGUCAGGUCCACAGAAUUACAUGUUCCCUGCCUCUCCUUUCAAAGUGCCUCCUGCCCAAACAAACCCUUCCCUGUCCUCGGUGGCAGCUGCCUCUCCAUCCAUCGUGCCGCCCACCUCACCUCCCUGCCUGUCCCAUGUGCCGCCCAACCCCAUGUCUGAAGUACCCCCUGGCUCUCCUUCUACAAUGCGACCUCCUUCUCUGUCCACCCAGGUGCCCCCUGCUGCUGCUACUGGUGCCCCCGGUUUAGGUCACCUUCCAGCUCACUUUGUAGAGCAAAUGAGCAAUGUGGCCCCCAGAGAUCGGGCCACUGCCCGAAGAAGGACAUGUGUGGUCUGCAAAAGGAAGUCCCCGGUCUAUUGCAGCACUUGCCAAAAAACACUGUGUUUUACUAUUUUGAGGAACUGCUACAGUGAGUGGCACAGAAGCAACAGUAUCUGUAUCUAAGUGCAAGACUCGUAUAAAGUAAUAGCACAUACCUUUAGUCGCGACUAGUUAACAAAUGUUAGAUGCCAUUCGGUUUCCUUGCCAAAUUCUCCUAGAUACCCAUGUUGUAUCAUGAUCCCCUUCUUCAAAUAUCCUCCAAGAACCACGAGAUGUCUUUGGAAGAUAGAUAAAGAAUACAAAGAUGAACAUAAAAAGAGAAAUCUUCACAUGCUCUAGAUGGGCUGAAUAACCCGUGAAUAUAUUACAAAGGCUUCUCUUCUGUAUCUCUUCUUGUAAUUACUCGCUCAGAUACCUCAGUGCCUCUUAAACCCCUAUCAAUAACGUGAGGAUUUACAUGAACAUGUAAACUGUCUUACAAACCUAGGAGCAUCAUGUUUACAUGUCGGUUUACUGUGCCGCCUGAAUUAAUGGGUCUAACAUUGUUAAGUGGCAGGUGCUGCGGAUACCAUUCUUCGACGAACCAGAUUUUUCGAAAUAUUACAUGGUCAAGUGUCUGUGACUAAAACUGGACAACAGGCAAUUUAUUUACAAACCUUACCUCAAAAGCACAUCUCCUAGGACUGAUCACGAUGCAUUAAUACAUUUCAUCAAAUGAGGUAUGCAGUCCACAGAAGUCUUGGAUUGAAAACUGAACUAUCAUCUCGUCUUUGAAAAGUAAUCUCACACCCAGUGACUCAGAGAUUCAGUAUCAUAAGAGGAAACAUAUACGUACACUCCCAGGAGGACUGCAGUGGAAAUAUAUACCUCAUAUCAUCCCCUUUUGUUAGACUGGAGAAUGGAACUUGAAGGUAAUAACUGAUGCAAGAUACUUUUUAAAAUAUCACUGUGUAUUAUUACGUAUGCAGACGUUUUUGCCUCGUCUUGAUAUUUAGAAUAUGAUGUUUACACGAAAGAGGAGCAGUAGCUGUUUAUUCGGGUAUUACUCAGAUUUCAGGCUGUGUGAUUGGCACACAAACGUGUCCGACUUUUUGGCACCUCAGCUAAUCUUUGACAUUUCCACCUACCUCAGCAGUCGAGGACGAAGCCAACUUGGUUCCUGGCCGGAUUUAACAUGCUCAGCUAGAUUUGGCUUCUUCAACUCGACUCCCAGUGGCCACAAUAAUGUGGCUGGAGUUGAGGAUGCAGCAGCACAGAUUGCAUAAGGCAAUUACAAAUCUGUAUAAGGUGUUAUUUUUUUUUUGUUACACAGCAAUGUGGCACUGAUAUUGACUUACAUGAGGAUUUAUGAAAUCUAAAUGUUUACACCCAUACUUCAAAGGACAGGAGGAUUGUUCCUGUAUAUAAACUUACUGAUUACAGUUGACCUAAAUCAACUCCCUUGAAAACUAAAUCUAGUCAAGUUUUUGGUACCACAUCUGUGACACUGAUAUCACUGGAACUAUUUUCACACUGGAAACACAAUUGUCGUUGUUAUUGUUUAUGCAUAUGUAAGCAAUGAUCUUUGUAUAUAGAGAAAGAGUACUGUAAGCUUUAUGUAUAGCAGCAUGAAAACUGUGACCUCAAAGUCUCACCACCCCUGUACUCAGUUUUGGAUUAUAUGGACACAUAAUUCAACACAAUAUCAGAACUGUUGUAUCUUAGUGCCUCUGAUUAACUGUUAUACUUCUGACUCUGGGGUUCGGAUGUAGAUGUGGAUUUGUACUUUUUUUCUGUGCUCUGUAAAAACAGAAUAUUCUGUAAGGGAUCUCUUUCUACUGUUUUCACUUUGUGUUACUUCGGUGCUUUGUAAUUGAAACAACAUUUUUUUUUUACAUACUGUGUAGUGUAGAUUGUGGUUUGCUGUGGAUCAUUUUGUCAAAACUAAAAGCAUAGAGCACUCUAAGAAGAGAGAGUCACUAAAGAUAAUUUAGUUUUACGGGAAUGAGCCGAGAUCAUUUCAUCAUCACCCUUGGAGGACAGGCUCAUGUUUCAGUGAUGCUAAAUGUGUAAAAUAAUGAUGUGGCACACUGGGAGUGUUAGGAACAAAACAUUUUUCAUUAUCAUCAAAGUGAUUCAUCACGUUUUGGUUCUCUUGAGACAUGACACUGACAUACCUCGAAGCCGCUGACAACCCGGAAUUUCAUAUGAACAUUGACAACGUACAUGGAUUGCUCUUGUGAAUUUGUAUCAAUACAA